AACAUUCACAGCGAUAAAGCGACUUAACAGACGUAACUCAAAUUAAGAAGAUGGCAACCAAAGUUUUUGCUCACAAAAAGCUGGCCAAUACGAGUUCCAGCUGAGAGUCUGAUCCGGACAACAAAAACUGAUUCCCACUUUCUGGUUUUAGUUGGAUAAUUUGUACUUACUUUUUUUUUUCUGGUGAUUUGACUCUUGAUCAGAUCUGAUAUUUGUCAACAAUUUACUUUGAAGUAGCUCUUCACUGUUCCAGUUUUUAAACUGGUAGGUUCUGACUUCCUGUUUUUGGCGGCUUGAUAGAAUAACUGGUUAAUAUAUCCAGAAGGCUGAGUGCCUGUAUAUUAAUCAUCUUCAGGUGCCUUUUCAAUAUCUGGCUGGAGUUUUGUUUAUUGUUCUUACUGGUUUUAUUUGGACAGUUUUCUUUUUUUACUUCCUGUUUUGAUGGGUUGAAAGGAUUCUCAGUCAAAGGGAAGUGAAAAACCAGUCGCAGAGGAUCUCCAUCUGUACUUUGUUCAUAAAAAGCUGGUAUCAAGGAACAUAAACGGGAAGUUAAAAAACCCAAAAUGACCACAAGAGUACUAAACGUAGAAAAAGAUCCGUCACUUUAGAUCCGCAGCAGUCUUUUCACAAAAAAAACAAGAAUUGGGAACCGACCAGGAUAAAACUAGUAACAGGAUUUACCAAAAACUCAAAUCCACAACACCAAUGGAAGUUCCUGACCAAAGUUGUACGUUAAUUAAAAGUUGGUCUCUGGGGACGUAUCAGGUGACCAAAAACAUGAAGUAGAAACCCACCGAAAUGGAACCAUUGCUAAGCUUUGAGGUCCCGCUGUCACUUCCUCUGAAGCCAAAGUGUGUGUGUGUGUGUGUGUGCGUUUCCCAACAGAAGCGGUGGUUUCCCAACCGGGAUCAGAGCAAACUCUGCCGACGGGCAACCUCCUCGGCUCUCCGGGCAACGUUCGGUGUCCACGCUGCCGCCGCGACGUCGUCACAGACAUCAAAAAAAUGCCCGGAAAGGGUGCCUUCACCUUAUGCUGCGUCCUGGCCUUUUCGGGAUGCUCCGCUGUCUGCAGACGGCCAUCGUUUGUCGGAAGUGUUUCAAGGAGCCGCCAUCGAUCUUCGGGACUCUGACGUCAAGAUGGCGACGGUGGAUGUGACUAAAGACAAAGAACUAGCCAAAGAACUUGACGCGACAGGAGCGCCAAACAUCAGGCUGUACCUUUUCGGAGAUAAAUUAAACUUUGUAUCCUGCCCAGUUCCUCAGAGCUCCGCCUCCAUUGUCACGUGGCUGAAAAGGAGGGCGGGGUCUAUUGCCGACCUUGUCGCUGAUCUCAGCCAAUGGGGGAGCGAGAUGGAGAAGGAGGAGGAGUUUCGCGUGGCUGGAUUCUUUGAGGAGUUAGACAGCGAGUUCGCGCAGGUGUUUUACGCGGCUGCAGUCAGCCUCCCGGACGUCGGCUUUGCUGUGACGCAGAGUGAUGACGUCAUCGCCAAAUAUGAUGUCACGAAGGACGUCGUGCUACUCUUCAAACAGUCGAAGUUGAUCCAAGCCUAUAAGAUGACAGCUCAGACUUCCAAAGAGGACCUGUUGACUUUUAUCAGCGUCUACCAGAUGGAUCCUGUCACGGAAUAUUCCGGAAAGACAGCCACUCAGAUCCUCUCGUCGCCCGUUUUAAGCCACGCCCUCCUUUUCGUCAACAAAAGCUCUGCCGAUUUCCACGAGAUGCACGCCGCCUUCAGGGCUGCUGCAGAGGGCUUCAGGAUGAAGAUCUUGUUCGUAUUGGUGGACGUGUUCGAGCCACGGAACGGCCGUCUGAUGGAAUACUUCCGUGUACGGCCCUUCGAGGCUCCUCUCGUCCGAUUGGUCAAUUUGACUGACCACGUGACCUACCAGAUGCCCUCGUCCACGCCGGACGCCAGCUCCAUCGAGGCCUUCUGCAAGGACUACCUGGACGGCAAGGCCAAGCCCAAGAUGCAGAGCGAGCCGAUACCGGAGGGAUGGGACCAACGUCCGGUCAAGGAACUGGUCGGAAGUACUUUUGAGGAAGUUGCCUUUAACCCCAAUCGGACUGUGUUUGUUUUGUUUUAUGUUCCCUACAGUCCAGAGUGCCGUGAGGUGUUCCCCCUGUGGGAGGAGUUAGCCGAGGCCUUCAAGGCCCACGACGACGUCGUGGUCGCUCGCAUCGACGCGUCGGCCAACGACAUCAACAUGUCGGUGCAACGCGCCUAUCCGGCCUUCUGCCUCUUCCCCGCCCUCUACGCAGAGAGAGCGGUUUUUUACACUGGCGACAUGAAGCUGAAGGCCUUGCUCGCUUUUGUCCACGCCGAGAUGAAGAAAGCCGCAAAAGACAGAAAGAAGGAGGACGACGACAGGAGGAAGUACGUGGAGACCAUGAGAGCGGAAGAGGAGCAGAAAGAGAGAAACGCCACCAAGGACGAACUUUAGCGGGAGAGAAAGAAAAGAACCGAUGUCAAAACGAUAAAAUACUUCAUUCGGGGGAAAAAAAAAAGAAAAUUGAAGGACGAUAAACUGUUUUUUUCUUCCAUUUUUGUAGCCGUUCUCACAUACAAGAAAGAUGCUGGCUGUUAGUUUUACAGAUAAAUUACACAAGUACAAGUAAAAAUACUACAGUUCAGUUUAGUUAGGUCUCGCUAUAUUACCUGCAAUAUUGUAGUAGUAGUAAUAGUAAUAGUAUAAUAAUAGUAACAAUAAAGUCUGGGUGGUGUGGUGCAUGA